AAUGGGGGUGCUAGCUCGAAGGGCCGAAUGGCCUACCCCUGCACCUACCUAUCUUCUAUGUUUCUAAAUACUUAUGCCUGCAUGAAAGACGGAAGGAUCGAUUUGCAAUCAGAUGCGAUUCGUGAAUGACGUUGCCAGGCAGAGUGAUGUGUUAUGAUCUGACACCUUGUGCACCGGUAACCGCGCAACUUUCCGCUUGGGUCUUUGUUAUUCAAUAACAAACUGGACCACAUGUUAGCGAAUGUCAGAAUGUCAGUAGAUAUCUGGAAUGCGGACAAACCUGGUUCAGUUCCAGGGCUGUCUGGGUCUGGGAUCCAGCCUGUGAUUAACGUCACUCCUCGCUAUAAAUACAGCGUCUUCCCCGGGCUCGUUAGAAGCUGCGAACUUAAAAAAAACACACACAGCAGCUUUGCUAAAGACUCCGCGUUUUACUGCUUCGCACCGACAGGGCAGAACGGAGCAGCAUGUGGAAUCUCGGGGUUAAUAGCGCGUUAGCCGUUUAUAUUCUCCUCUGCAAUGCAUGCAAGGUUGGUGCCCAGCCUUGCCUCUACCCCUGCCGCUGUCCCCGGAUCCCACCCCGCUGCCCUCCGGGGUCUUCACUGGUUGCCGACCCCUGCGGUUGCUGCCGGGUUUGUGCGAGACAAUUAGGAGAAUACUGCACCAGAUCGGACGUGUGCGACCCUGAACGGGAGCUCUACUGCGACUACAGCAACAGCUACGCUGGCAACACAGGGAUCUGUACCUCGCUUGAAGCUGGAACUUGUGAAUUCAAUGGGGUGCUCUAUAAGGAUGGUGAUGUAUUCCAGCCCAGCUGUAAACAUCACUGUUGGUGUUCAGACGGAGGAAUUGGUUGCAUUCCACGCUGCAGUGAAGACAUCCGCCUACCCGGCCCGGAUUGUCCUCAUCCAAAACGUGUGGAGAUCCCUGGAGAAUGCUGUCCUCAAUGGAUAUGUGAGAAGCAAGACAAUGGUAUCUUUGGCAAUGCCUUGGCAGCGUUCAGAUCGGAGGCAUUCAACGGACGAUAUCCCUCCAGUGUGCUUUACAAUUGCCUGGAACAGAGCAGUGGGUGGUCUGCCUGCUCCAGGAGCUGUGGCAUGGGGAUCUCCACACGGGUUUCCAAUAAGAAUCACCGCUGCGUUCUGGAGACACAAAGCCAACUUUGUCUAGUGAAGCCAUGCCAACAGGAUCAUGCAAGGCCAGCCUACACGGGGAGGAGGUUUUGCAAGCCGACUACAAGAGCACUUCAACCAACUCACUUUGAAUACAACAACUGCGUCAGUUUGAAGAGUUAUCGGCCCACCUACUGUGGGUCUUGCUCUGACAAUCGCUGCUGUACUCCAUACAAAACUGGAACACAGAGCAUCGAGUUCGUAUGCCAGCACGGCAGGGUUGUCCACCAGUCAAUGAUGUUCAUCAUCACCUGUGCCUGCCAUUAUAACUGCUCACACGCUUACAAAUAAUGGGAUCCGUUCAACAUACAGCAGCAACAGGAGCUGUUUAUUCCCAUGCAAGACUUCUCAUGUAAAAAACAAAGUUGCUUUAUUGAGCGUUUAAAUAUGUGACCCGUUUCCAAACAAUUCAAAUAGAAUAUUUUUUGUCAAGAGUUAAGUCAAGUCGAGCGUGUUUUAUUGUCAUAUGUCCCAGAUGGAACAAUGACAUUCUUACUUGCAGCAACUUACUUUGAACAACUUCUGGGUUUAAUGCACAAUUCAGCCAUUUUUAAUGUGCAGGAAGGAAAUGUAGAUGCCGCUUUAUCCAAAAGAUACACACCAACAGCUGGAGUAACUCAGCGGGUCAGGCAACAUUAUUGGAGAAAAGGAAUAGGUGACGUUUUGGGUCGAGACUCUUCCUCAGACUCUGAUGUCUCGACCCGAAACGUCACAUGUUCCUUUUCUCUGGUGAUGCUGCCUGACCCGCUGAGUGACUCCAGCUUUUUGUGCCUAGUAUCUUCAGUCAUUUUAAUAUUGUUUCUAGUGCUAAAUAGCACAUCAUCUCCAUAACAAAAUAGAUUGGUGAUCACCUUAAGUUACUGCAUAUCAAUAAUUAACCGCUUCAAUAUUCAAAGUCUUUGUUACGAGAAUUUGAGGUUAUAGGUUGCACUGUUGUUCUGUGGUGAGAAACAAGCACAGAAGGCCACUGAGAAGAAACACAAAAUACUUGAGUAA